GUUUCAUGAGCCCAAGGCGGUUUUUAGGUCCGGGUGGAGGGGUCACAGCAGGCGGUCCUACACGUGUUGACGCUCGGUAAACUCGAUCCGAGAGGAUCAUAUUCAUUCAUCUGAAAACUGUAAAUUGUUUCAAGUGAACGGGUUUUUAGGCGCAAGUUCGACUACCAAUCUAACUUCAACCCGGGGAGGAAAUUAGUGGAUCCCGAGAGUACCGCAAGUUGUAAAGCCGUCAGUGCUGGCUUGUUUACUACCCAUACCAGUAGACCGCAGAUUUGGAGCGAUAACGUUUGAGUUGAACGUCUCCUUUUUAUGUGAAAACAUGAAGUUGUAGGCGUAUCUGUCCUCAACGGGACACUUUCGUAAAGCGCUGACUGUUCACCCAUGAAAACUCGGCAAAUUUCAGCCACUUUCAGUUUAGGUUGUAGAGCGUUACCCCACCGCAUUUAGGCGUAAAACUGUAUACUCCAUGAGUAUACUGAAGAGACAAGUUUAAUAUGAGCGAAAAACAAGCGUUAGGACAGAGCAAAGUAAAUGAGGAUCAAACUAAAGCGGACUUGGAGAACCAUGCGAAGCUGGAGGCGGGUGACGCGGCGCGGCGCACCGACGAUUACAGUCAGCAGGACUGUAGAGAAGCGCUGCGACCCACCCGGCUGUACAAACGGCGCUGGCUCAUUGUCUUCCUCUUCAGCUCAUAUUCACUGUGCAACUCCUUCCAAUGGAUACAGUACGGCAUCAUCAACAACAUCUUCAUGAAGUUCUACCAUGUGGACGCUUUCACUAUAGACUGGAUGUCUAUGAUCUACAUGCUGACAUACAUUCCCUUCAUCUUCCCGGUGACCUGGCUGCUGGACAAGAAAGGGCUCCGGGUCAUUGCGCUGGUGGCCACUGCGCUCAACUGUGCCGGGACAUGGAUCAAAGUGGCCAGCGUCCGACCCAACCUGUUCGCCGUCACCUUCCUGGGCCAGUUCUCCUGCUCGCUCGCGCAGGUGUUCAUCCUCGGGAUGCCGUCGAGAAUCGCGUCGGUGUGGUUUGGUUCGGGGGAAGUGUCCACCGCCUGCUCCAUUGGAGUCUUCGGGAAUCAGCUGGGCAUUGCCAUUGGCUUCCUGGUGCCUCCUAUCCUGGUGCCUAACGUGGACGACAUGGAUGAGCUGGCUCAUCACAUCAGCAUUAUGUUCUACAUCACUGCGGGAGUGGCUACCUUACUGUUUAUCCUUGUUGUCUUUGUCUUCCAGGAGCGUCCUCAACUGCCUCCAACUCAGGCCCAGGCCACAGCUCGUAGCAUCCCACCAGAGCAGUACUCCUACACCGCCUCCAUCCGCAGGCUGCUCCGCAACAGGCCCUUCAUCCUCCUCAUCAUCACUUACGGUCUGAACGUAGGUUGUUUCUAUGCUGUUGGCACCCUGCUGAACCGCAUGAUCAUCGAGCAUUACCCUGGAGAAGAGGUGAAUGCUGGGAGGAUCGGUCUUACCAUUGUCAUUGCAGGGAUGGUCGGCUCCCUGAUCUGUGGUGUUUGGCUGGACAGAACUAAAACCUACAAGCAGACUACCCUCGCUGUCUACUUCAUGUCUCUGGUGGGGAUGAUUGUUUAUGCUGCUACACUCAGUUUGGGACACCUCUGGGUGGUCUUCAUCACCGCUGGAGCUCUCGGGUUCUUCAUGACGGGCUACCUGCCGCUGGGCUUUGAGUUUGCAGUUGAGCUGACAUACCCAGAGUCAGAGGGAACCUCCUCUGGACUCCUCAACUGUUCUGCACAAGUGUUUGGCAUUAUAUUUACCAUCUGCCAGGGAAAGAUCAUCGACCACUUUGGCACACUGCCUGGAAACAUCUUCCUCUGUGUCUUUCUUCUAAUCGGCACAAUAAUGACAGGCUUAAUCAAGUCUGAUCUGCGGAGACAGAAUGCAAACCUGUUGGCCAAAGCAGCAGCGGAGGGGCAGAUGUCGGGACAAGACUAUGGAGCCACAGCGCUAAUCUCCGAGCCGCAGACUCCACCUUCUCAAGCCUGAUCAAUACACCUGAUCUGUUUCCACAAACAAAACAAAAAAAUCUCCUCAAAUCUUAGCUCAACACACAAGGGACCUUCCGACUGCCACAACAGGAGCCUGGCUGCACCUUCUAUCGUCAAAGAAGCCCAGUUUUAGAGACACACUCACACACACGCUAACGUAAGAGCCUUGAAACCGAUAAAGAUCUCUUUCCUGUUACAGUGUAAUGCAUAUAAAUAGAAUAACACUACCAGGAAGUCUUUAGGCCCACUUUCCUUUUAAGAAGAGUUAGGUGUAAAAUGUUGUAUUAUUUAUGUUAAAAAAAAAAAAUGCUAACAUGCUGAAUUAAUCAGAUUUUUAAUGCACAGUUUUUAGCAUAAAACUUUAUUGUUCAGAAAUAUUUUUUCUACUUUAGUGUAAAUUAAAUGUUACCAUUCAAUCUGCAAAAAGACAUAUCUGCGAAAUGUUUUUGUGCCUUGACAAUUUUUUUUAGCUUUUUGAAAGCAAUCAGUUGAUUACACACAGUGUAGGUACAUUCGCCAUAAUGAACUGACACUAACUUUUUUCAUUUCAUAAAUAUUUGACUGGGUAAAUAUAUUAUCCACAUUUUUAUGAGUGAUUUUUGCCAAAUCUUUGAAAUACAAAUAAUUUAUACAGCAGCACAGUAAAGGCUCUCUAAUCCAUGGCAGUCCACAGUAAGGGAGAAAAUAUUGAUGGUUGUGUGAUAUUUGUAACAGCAUUCAUGUUUACAACAUGAAAUAAAACUGUUUUAUAGUUUG